CAUUAUUCUUCACGGGGACGCAGCGACAUCUCCACCGUCCGUCCCGUGUCGCGUUUGACAUUUAUUGAUAGUCGAUUUGGGGGAUUCAAGAGGAAUGGCAUCGAUAACCUCCAUAGAGGCCGUGAAGAGGAAGAUCCAGACGCUGCAGCAGCAGGCAGACGAUGCGGAGGAUCGGGCAGAAAUGCUGCAGAGAGAGGUGGACCUGGAGCGGCAGUGCAGAGAGAGAGCCGAGGCUGAGGUGGCAUCUCUGAACAGACGUAUCCAGCUGGUUGAGGAGGAGUUAGAUCGCGCUCAAGAAAGACUCGCCACUGCACUACAGAAGCUGGAGGAGGCAGAGAAAGCUGCAGAUGAGAGCGAGAGAGGAAUGAAGGUGAUAGAAAACAGAGCAACAAAAGAUGAGGAGAAGAUGGAGAUCCAGGAGAUGCAGCUAAAGGAGGCCAAACACAUCGCUGAGGAGGCUGACCGCAAAUAUGAGGAGGUGGCACGCAAGCUGGUGAUUCUUGAGGGUGAGCUUGAGCGCUCUGAGGAACGAGCUGAAGUGGCUGAGGCUCGAGUCAGGCAGCUGGAGGAGGAACUUAGACUCAUGGACCAGAAUUUGAAAUCCAUGAUGGCUGGAGAGGAAGAGUACUCCACAAAGGAAGACAAAUAUGAAGAGGAAAUCAGAGUACUCACUGACAAACUCAAAGAGGCUGAAACACGUGCUGAGUUUGCUGAGCGGUCUGUGGCGAAGCUUGAGAAGACCAUUGAUGAUUUAGAAGAGAAAGUAGCCCAGGCUAAAGAGGAGAAUCUGAACAUGCACCAAGUGCUGGACCAGACCCUUCUGGAGCUCAACAAUCUAUAAGGAGGAAGUCUUCCAGCGCACUGAGCUCUCCAUCAGGCCCAGACGGAGCGUCAGUUCUUCGCUUUGAGAAAUGAAUGUCUUAUAGUCACACACUCGCCAGUUUGUUCCCAAACAGCCCAAUGCAAAUAACGUCUUGUAACCAUAGCAAAGCCAGCAGUACGCAUAAUUAACAUUUUAGAGUAGUUUGUAAUCAGUCUGAGGUUUCAUUUAUAAUGAACAUAAUGUUUACUACAAAUGUCGUUUUCUCCAAAGUCAGCCAGAAGCUUUUUUGACCUCAACUGAUGAAUUAAAUGCUGAAAUUGACAACUUUAGAUUUAAAGGGAUAGUUCACACACAAAAAUGCCCCUCAAGUGGUUCCAAACCAAAGAAGAUACUUUGAAAAAAGCAUGAAAACCUGUAACUAUCGACUUCCAUAGUAGUAAAAACACAUACUAUGGAAAUCAAUAGUUACAGGUUUCCGACGUUUUUCGAAAUAUCUUCUUUUCUGUUCAGCACAUGAAAGAAACUAAUAAAGGGUUUGGAACAAGUAAAGGUUGAGUAAAAAUGUUAAUUUAUGCGUGAACUAUCCUUUAAAGCAUAACAAAAAUAUACAGGAAAGGUUUUUGUACAAUAGAUACACUUUUGAGAUUACCGUUUUUAAGCUUUUUCAUUGAUGUGACCAAAAAAGCACAACUUGUGAUUGUAUUUUUGUCUCAGAUCGCCUCUAAAAUCGUCAAAUGAAUGUUUCAGUCUGCAGUGCUGCAAUCUUGUGGCCUUUUUGUGAAAAUAGCUUUUUUUUAGAUGCCAGAUGUCAUUUACGUCAUCCAUGUGGAUCUCAUGUACCACCAACAGGGAAGCUCCAAAAGUAAUUUAUGAAAUACAUUUGCUAUAUACAGACAUGGAUCCAUUUUAAUGUGAUUAUAAUAGUGAUUAGGAGUGUAAGAUGGAACAUUUGUUUUUUGACUAAUAUCUGCUACAGAUGUUCGCAAACUUUUUCUUCUGUCUGAUAUAUCUGACCAAAUCUGUGAAUUGCCCUUUAAAGGGAAAAUGAAGCGCUCAGUCAAGUUUACAUUAUAUUGUACACUGGAUCCCACUUUAAUGAAAAUAUAUUAAACUCGAU